AUGCGUGCAAAGAUAAUGUAUGCGAGCUAUGUAUGUCUAAGGCGAAUUGCGAGACUUCAAGUGUCGGCACGUCAGUGUGCCACUUUCACUGACUUCUUUCCCGACUCCAUUGGAGGAUCGAAGGACUGCGCAGAAAAUAUUGCAGAUAUUCUGCAAAUGGACCUUGCCAAAACGGAGUCUAUCUUGGAGUCGCAUCCUUUUCUGAUGAAAGAUUUGGAUGAGCUUCAAAAUAACGUGGAAUUCUUGGAGAAACGCGGUUUACGAAGGGGCACUGUAGCCCAGACUCCAGGUAUCCUGAACUUCUCCACAAGAUCUUUAAUUGAAAGAACCCAUCUGGUCGAAGAAGCAUCGGACUAUCAAUUAUCUGAAGCUUUCCCUUUGAUGAAAGAUUUGGAUGAGCUUCAAAAUAACGUGGAAUUCUUGGAGAAACGCGGUUUACGAAGGGGCACUGUCGCCCAGACUCCAGGUAUCCUGAACUUCUCCACAAGAUCUUUAAUUGAAAGAACCCAUCUGGUCGAAGAAGCAUCGGACUAUCAAUUAUCUGAAGCUUUCCCUUUUUGCACUACAAAAACUCUGAGUGAAAUGGAUGUUCGUCGUUCCACCGAUUCCGUCGUGUUGGGUCACAGAAGCCGACCCAAGUACUUCGCUGCCAAGCUCGACCUCGAGCCGAGUUCAGCUUGCAGUUUAUUCGUCAAAUUUCCCUUCUUGCAUCUCGUUCUCCCGAUCAAAUUGUCGGAAGUUAUUGAGCUGCUUCUAUCGAAUGGCAUCGCGAAGCAGGAUUUGACUGAAGAUCUAUGGAUUCUGCGUCACAACAAAAGUGUCAUGGCAAAAAGGUUGAAAAUUGCACGGAAAUACGAAGUGACAGUGAAACCAUGGCAUCUUCGGUGUCCUGAGAAACGCUUCAAUGCGUCCAUGGAAGUGAACCAAGCUAAUCAUGUUGCCCGCGGGGAUUGCGCUAACAAUGUUCAAUUUUUGGCCACAGCGUUGUCGUGUUCGGAGGAGGACAUACGCGAUUAUUUUCGCAGGUUCAAUCCGUUGAAGACAGUGUCCACGAUUAAAUUGAAAACCGGCUUGGAUGUUUUGUUGAAAGCUGGAUUUUCUAAAGCACAAAUUUUGAACGGACUGCGAGUUCUAGCGUAUGAUCCUCAGCGGAUUGCAUUGAGGCUCACAACAUUGAAGAAGAAGAAUUUAGAGGGGACGCACGAGGUGAUAUUCUGUGCUUCUCGGCCACCGCGGGACUUGAUAACCCGCGUUCUUAGGUCUUCCAAGGGCAUCAAUCCACCAGUGCGAUACGCCAGUGCCAUGCACACUUCGACAAUCUGCACUGACAACUCGUAG